ACAAUCGCGCGGUAGCUACUGCCCUGCAGUCGCUGCGACCUAUGAUGUGCAUGUACAUCACUUCCGCUCAGAUCAACCGAAUACUAAGGAUGACAGCUUCGUAUGGCGAUGUUGGAGCGUAAUGAGCGAGUGCUUGAAGCGCGGUAGCUGGACAUUCAUGCCGGUCAGAGAGACUAGGCUUCGUUCACAAGCUGCCAGCCAUGCCACGGACAAUGAGUCGAAUUGUCACGACCCACAGAGUCAUUUGCAUCGCAUCAUAAGCAGCAGCAUAUCGCGAGAAUGCGGCCUCCCCACAAUGUGCGUCGAGCAAUGGGGGAGAAUACGUGCACAGUGUGCAUAUCGGAAGCCGCCCGCGCUGGUCAUUGCUGCUUGCGUCCUCUGCCCUCCCCUGCCACUACGCCCUCCACAGUGGAAGCCAUAACCAUGCAAUCACUCGAGACGUUCCUUAGUGCCAGUGUGAGCGUCCUCACCAGGCUAAAAUAUGUAUAUCGAGGCCAGUCCAUUUUGCAGGCAAGUGUGGGCUUCUGGAGCGGCCACGCUCUGCCCAUCAGCGGCCGGCAAUCCAUUGCCUCACGGUUAUACCACGCUGUCCGCGGCC